GGGCACAAACAAACAUGGCGGCGAUGACAACAGGCGCGUCCUUAGUCGUAUUUUUGUGAUAAUAUCGUGUAAAAAUUCAUCAUUCACAUUUAUUUUGGAGGAGAAAUAAACGCGACUCGCAGCCGUUUGAAAAAGGUUUUCGUUAAAGAUGUCUCUGUUUGGAUGUUUUCUGAGGGCGUCUCUUCAGUCGGCUGAGUCUCUGCUUCACACUGUCAGGAACUUUUCUACAGGUGUCCGCUGCAACAUUCGAAUGCACGCGAUCCCAGAGUAUAAAACAACAGACCGAUGGACAGAAAAGAGGAGCAUGUUCGGGGUUUAUGACAACAUAGGCAUCUUAGGGGAUUUUAAGGCCCAUCCCCGGGACCUCAUUCUGGCCCCCUGCUGGUUGAAAGGAUUCAGAGGUAACGAACUGCAGCGGCUCAUUAGGAAAAAGAGGAUGGUGGGAGACAGGAUGAUGACUCAGGACCGACACGACCUGGAAAAGAGGAUUCGCUUCUUGUAUCGACGCUUUAACCGUUACGGCAAACACAGAUAAACACACACACACACACACACCCGGCAAACACAGAUAAACAAACAAACAAACAAACACACGCACACACACCGCCGCCACAACUGUUUCUGUAUCACGUGUCAUUCUCUGAACUCGCUGUAAUUGUGAAUUAUGUCAACAGUUUAUUUUAUUAAAUGGUGUUAUUGUUUCAU